AUGGCCGAGAUGGAGCGGGAAUCCGACACAGGCGAGCGGGGGGCGGUCAAGCGCGUGCUUGGUCGACAACAGGAGCCGGAGAAGGCGCGCUUGAACAGCGCGGAGCGCCGUCAUGGGCUGACCUGGACCGAGCUCCACGCAUACAAGGACCGCAUGUUGUUCCCGAUCCUGCCGACCAUGAUGGGCGUGGAGGAGCUGCCCAAGGACAUCUGCCUCUGCGACAAUGUCUUCCGUAGCCUGGACCGUUGUAUCGACAAGGGCAUCGAGACCGAGAAGGCCGACACCCCGUAUGCACGGAUGCAGAUCUGCAAGCCCCACUGGAUCCGCUUCAUCAAGUGCGUGAAGCGGCGGGACGAGCUCGUGCUGCGCGGGGUCAAACGCUGGGAGCGCACAUACUACGGCUCGCUGGACGAGCCCUCGCAGAAGGAGUACAUGGAGGACAUCGACACGAAGAUGAGAUACUUCCUGUACGCCGCGUCGCACACCAAAGACGCCCAAAAGAAGAAGCGGUUGGAGAUGAACGCGCAGCACUGCGCGAUCCGCCAGUCGAACCUCCUCAAGUCCCCGGAUGAUGCGGAGGCUCGUUUCUCUUCAGAAACGCCCCGCAACUUUGCUCUCUACGCCCCUGCCCCCACGCCUCCCUCGGAGUUUCCCCUUAAGUGCCUUCCGGGAUCUCCAGCCCUACAACUGCAAAGGCCCCGGGGCGCAAUCCCUGACUUACCCAGAAGUAACCUUUGCCUCUGGGUGCAUGGAGUCACUGCGCAGGGGCCUACGGCAAUUGCGUGGGCCUUGGCGGGCUUGCGCUGGGGGUGA